AUGGAUCCUGAAUUGACAAAUGAAGCUUCAUUUACUGCUGGGUCAAAUCCAGCUUCGUAUAGUUUGGUUGAGUUAGUAUCCUUUCCGAGGGGAAGUGGAGGAGGAGGAUUGGGGAUGAGAAUGCGGAAUUUGGGUGGUAGUGGAGAAGGUUUUGGAGUAGGAGAUGCUUCGGUGGAAGAAUCCACCGUGACAGAUCAGAGCGGUAGUCACGGCAGAAAUGGUGGCAGUCGUGGUGAGAAGAGGAGAAUGGAUGUUGGAACUUUUCAUGAAGACGAGUCCUCUAAGUUUGUUUCCACUAGCUGUUCUUAUAGUGAUUUGAAUGAGCCGAAUGGUAAACGAAUGAAACCGUCAGGAUCCAGAGAUGAAAAUGAUGGCUCAAAGCCGAAAGCAGAAGCAAAUUCAGGGACUGGUAACAAGGGAGCCGAGGAGAAGAGUAAACCCGAACCACCCAAAGAUUACAUCCAUGUUAGAGCGAGAAGGGGCCAAGCUACUGAUAGCCACAGUCUAGCUGAGAGAGCUCGGAGAGAGAAGAUCAGUGAGAAGAUGAAAAUUCUGCAAGACUUGGUUCCUGGAUGCAAUAAGGUUAUCGGAAAAGCUGUUGUUCUUGACGAAAUUAUUAAUUACAUCCAGUCACUACAGCGUCAAGUUGAGUAUUUGUCUAUGAAGCUUGAACCAGUUAAUACAAGGUUGAACCCGACGAUCAAAGGGUUCCCGCCCAAAGAACUAGCAACACCAACUUUCGAUGUCACUGGAAUGAUUUUUGGCUUACAAGCACCAAGAGAAUAUACUCAAGGACCACAAGUCGAAUGGCUCGAUUUGCAGGUGGGAAAUGUCUUUGAACGACCAACAUGA